AGUAAACCCCUCUUAACUUUGAAAUGAGUGUGUGGCUAUCCCUCCAGAUAGCCUGCCUCUCUUUUCUCCCAUCAGUUUAUCAUCAAAAAUGCCGAAUUGAGUGUCUCAACUCCCAUCAGUUAUUUAUCUUCAGCCAUGGAAGGUUCUCUCUUCCCAAAUAGGCCAAUCUUGCCAAUUCAAUCAACAAAGCCAACACCUUUACCACCAACCCAGCGCCUCAAAUUGAAUCCAAUCACCACCACUGGUUCCCCUCUCCCACCUCUCAAACAACAACAACCACCCCAUUCUUCUGCUUCUACUUCUUUCCCUCUUGAUUCUCUUCUCCAGCAUCUUCUUCAUGUUUCAUCUUCAAAUCCUCCAACAACUGUUAAAUCUUCAAGAAUUAGCAAUACCCAUUUGUCUUCUCUUCCUGUUUCCUUGGAAAAUGAUGACACCCUUUUCGGGAAUAUGAAGGUUACUGUUCCCAAAUUGGAAUCUUUUGAUGGGUCACUUAAAUUUCUCCCUUUCAACUGUAAGUUAAUGAUUGAUUCAAUUCUUGAACGCCCUCUUUCUCAUUUGAGUGAAUUCUUUGAUUCUGUGAAAUUUGAGUUACUUGAAGUUGAUUUGAUGAGUCUUUUGAAAGGCUUAGAUGUUUUAGGCAAAUGGGAUAGAGCCAUUUUGUUGUUUGAAUGGGUUGUUUUGAACAUUCAUGUUGAAAAUGACAAGCUAGAUAGUCAAGUCAUUGAAUUCAUGGUGAAGGUUUUGGGUAGGGAAUCACAGCAUUUGGUGACGUCAAAACUGUUUGAUGUUAUUCCAUUUGAAGAUUACUCACUCGAUGUUCGAGCGUGGACAACUGUUCUACAUGCUUAUUGUCGGAUUGGCAAGUAUGACAAGGCAAUUGCAUUGUUUGAAUAUGUGAAAGAGAAGGGUUUAUCUGCCACCUUGGUAACUUAUAAUGUUAUGUUAGAUGUUUAUGGUAAAAAGGGUAGGUCUUGGAACAAUAUUUUACUACUUUUAGAUGAAAUGACAAGUAAUGGGCUUGAAUUUGACGAGUUCACUUGUAGCACAGUUAUAGCUGCUUGUGGAAGGGAAGGGUUGUUGGAGGAAGCAAAAGAAUUUUUUGAUGGAUUGAAGAGAAAGUGUUAUGUUCCGGGAACAGUUACUUACAAUUCUUUACUCCAAGUCUUUGGUAAGGCUGGAAUUUACUCGGAGGCAUUGCGUGUCCUGAAAGAAAUGGAGGAGAAUAAUUGCCCUCCUGAUUCUGUGACCUAUAAUGAGCUUGUGGCAGCUUAUGUGAGGGCAGGCUUCCUUGAAGAAGGAGCUGCACUUAUAGGCACAAUGUCACACAAGGGUGUAAUGCCGAAUGCCAUCACCUAUACAACAGUGAUAGAUGCCUAUGGUAAGGCAGGGAAGGAGGACAAGGCCUUGAGCUUUUUCAAGCAAAUGAAACAAGCAGGGUGUGUUCCUAAUGUCUGUACAUAUAACGCAAUCAUUGGGAUGCUGGGAAAGAAAUCUCGAGUAGAAGAGAUGAUGGACAUGAUCUCUGAUAUGAAAUUAAAUGGAUGUGCCCCAAACCGUAUUACUUGGAACACAAUGCUUGCAAUGUGUGGUAAUAGAGGAAUGCAAAAAUAUGUAAAUCACGUUUUCCAUGAGAUGAAAAGCUGUGGUUUUGAGCCUGAUAGAGAUACAUUUAAUACUUUGAUUCGUGCUUAUGGCAGGUGUGAUUCUGAUUUUAAUGCUGCAAAGAUGUAUGAUGAGAUGAUCCAAGCAGGAUUCACUCCGUGUGUCACAACAUACAAUGCACUUCUUAAUGCCCUUGCUCGUCGAGGUGAUUGGAAAGCAGCUGAAUCUGUUUUCUCGGACAUGAAAAGUAAAGGCUUUAAGCCCAGUGAAACUACUUACUCUUUGAUGCUCCAUUGCUAUUCCAAGGGAGGGAACGUGAGAGGUGUGGAGAGAAUCGCGAAGGAAAUUUAUGAUGGUCAUAUUUUUCCAAGUUGGAUGCUUUUGAGAACCCUCAUUCUGUCAAAUUUCAAGUGUAGAUCUCUCAUGGGUAUGGAGAGAGCAUUUCAGGAAUUACAGAAAAAUGGAUACAGGCCAGAUUUGGUCAUAUUUAACUCCAUGAUUUCCAUAUUUGCAAGGAACAAACUAUAUGACCGUGCUCACGAGAUGCUGCAUUUAAUUAGGGAGAAUGGUCUGCAUCCAGAUCUUGUUACAUAUAAUAGUUUAAUGGACAUGUAUGCUAGAGCCGGUGAAUGUUGGAAAGCUGAGGAAAUCCUUAAUCGACUGCAGAAGAAUGGAAGAAAGCCAGACCUUGUAUCAUAUAAUACUGUCAUCAAAGCGUUCUGCAGACAAGGUCGUAUGGAGGAGGCCGUAAGAAUUUUCUCCCAGAUGACAGAAAAAGGAAUCAGACCUUGCAUUGUUACAUAUAAUACAUUUAUCGCUGGAUUUGCAGCUCGAGGAAUGUUCUCUGAGGUAAAUGAAUUGAUCAGUUAUAUGAUCCAGCAUGAGUGUAGACCAAAUGAGCUAACAUACAAGACUAUUGUUGAUGGUUUUUGUAAAGCAAAAAGAUACCAAGAUGCAAUGGAUUUUGUGUUGAAUAUUAGAGAAAAAGAUAACACCUUUGAUGAAGAAUCUUUGCAACGAUUUGCUUCUCGAGUUAGAGGAAAUAUGGAGUCAUGACUUAGUAAUUCCAUGGGCUGCCCUCUCUUUGAUAAAUUGACGUCCAAGUUGACUGGGAGAGAGAGAGAGAGAGAGAGAGAGAGAGAGAGAGAGAGAGGAAGUUCCUCCACUUGUUAUUUUGCUUCUAUAAAAUUGUAGAUUCCCUUCACAUCCUUAGUUUUAACUUGCUCUGUAGAGACUCCAGUCUGCGCGAUGGACAAAAGAACUUCAACAUUUUGACUGCUCCUUAAUCUGAGUUACUGCACUACACCAAGUUCUCAGGAGUUUUGGAUUUUGUAAGAAAUAAGGUUAUAAAUUCUGAAAAUGAAUGUUACAGGUUUCUUUUGUACCAAUAGUAGUUUGAUAUGAUAUACAAGUUUCAUUUUAUUGCUUC